AUGGCGAUGACACGUUUUGGAGCGCUUGUCAUGACUCAAGUGAUGCUCACCGAGUCAGCAUGCGAACUUGGUGCAUGUGAAACGGAUGCUGUGAAUUUGCUUUCCGUGCAGGUGAACUCUCGACACCAUCGUGAAACCAACGCUGGUUCUUCGAUUUGCAAAGUCGCUUUGGAGGAACAUGUUGGUUUCAAAAGUAUUUGGAACUUCUCCAAUGGAGAACCACCAGUGGAGUGGUGGCAAAACAAAGAGGCUUUGGAGGACCUUGAGGAUGGACAUAUUGAUGAGACCAGGGAUAUGAAGGACACCUUCAACGGCGUUUCGGUGGCUCAGUUCUUUCAAUGGAAUCGCAACUUUCUGACCAAAGUGCGCAAAGCCAACGCUGAAGGGAAGCCACACCUGGCAGGUUUCUGCCUCUUGCCCUUGUGGGAUCCGCAGGCAUCAAUCUUGCAGUUUAAAGAGUGCUUGCAAUAUGGAGCGGUCGGUGCUUUGAUUAAUGGCUACGACACCUCCAACACUGGUGGAGAUUUCAACUACUACAUUACCAAGGAAUAUUAUGAGUUCUGGGACUUUGUGGAGAAAUCUGGCAAACCCAUCUACUUACAUCCUCGUGAGGCUGAGCCAAGUCGAUUCUUUAAGCAGUUUCCAGAGAUGCGUGUCUCACCAUGGGGCUUUCAUGUGGAAACCGCUGAGCAUGCUCUGCGCUUCAUUCUCUCCGGCUUCUUCGACCGGUUUCCGAAGGUCAAGUUGAUUUUAGGUCAUGAUGGUGAGAUUUUGAUAUGGAUGGCAUGGCGUAUAGACCACCGCUUAAAGAAGCAGGGCUGGACGCCAGAGUCGCUCUCAUGCCAUACCGGACCCAACAUGGAAUUGUCUCCUUGUCCGGAGAAUGGCUUGUACAAGCGCAAGCACAAUGUCACUUAUUAUUUGAAGAACAACUUUCACAUCACUACCAGUGGCAUGUUUGACACGCCUGGCUUCCGACACGCCCUAUCUGUGAUGGGGCCUGAGCGGGUCAUGUUUUCCAUCGAUACUGCCUAUGAAGACAUCUCAGAUGGAGCGGGCUGGUUCAACAGUUUGUCUGAAACUGUGGCGUUGCCGCAGAAAGACUGGGAGAGGCCCUUCGCAAGCACCAUGGCGUUGAUGUGGCUGUUGGCUGUGCUGAUGGUACCCAGUUCCCAAGGCGAGCAGUGUUGCCGCGCCUUCCAAAAUGCGACCGAGCUGCGCGAAGCUGUCCGCGCUUGGGACAAUCAGUUGGCAGAUCCAUCUGUCUGGUGGCACCUGCCACUUCUGGUGCUUGGUUUGGUUGCAUUGGGGGUCGGUGGUCGCUUAGCCUUUUCGUGGAACAGCUCUCGCAAAGCUCGGAAGAUCGAACGCACCCUGGAGGAAGUCUAUGCCCAACUUUGGGAUGAGCAACCAGACACGCUCACGGCAUACUCGAAGAAAUUGAGUCGUCUUGGGCUUCAGAAAGCCAAGUUCGAGCAAAGCGUGUCUGCCAUGCGCGUCCGCCAGAGUCAAAGAGCCGGGGUCAGCAUACAAUAUCUGCUAUCUGCUGACUUCGCUCAACUCGCAACGCAACGCACUGGCAAGAACGAUCCGACCUUCAUCGACAUGAAGACGGCCUUUUGGCUUUCAGAAGAUCCCAUUGGUCGAGACAUGAUCUGUCCACGUGAUGGUAGAGCUGGAUGUGCGUUAGUCGAUUGGAUACCACGCUGUGAACGCCGAGAACAGACGCAUUUCAUGAGCUGGACCUGGAAAUACAGUCUGCACGAGGUGCAGAGUGCUUUGGAGAUGUUUCAGCAAAGCCUGGUUGGUUCAUGUUACUUCUUCAUGUGUUUCUUCGCAAACAAUCAGUACCGAAUCCUGGUCGAAGAGAGCAGCACUGGAAGCGACAAUCUCGAGGAGGUGUUUGAGAGCAAUCUCAAACGUAUUGGAAAAAUGGUUGCCAUUUUGGAUACGUGGCAUCAACCGGCGUAUUUGACGCGCAUCUGGACGGUCUACGAGCAAUUUGUGGCAUCCAUGAUUGAGAUCGAGGUGCAAUUCGUCAUGCCAAGUGCCGCUGCGGAUCUUCUGCAGAGGCAGAUUGCGCAGGGUUCUCAAGGUAUUGAUGAGGUAAUCGAAUCCCUCAGUCAAGUGGAUUCUGAAGAAGCGAAAGCGUGGAAGAUGGAGGAUGAGACCAAAGUGAAGUCUUUGAUCGAGGAGACGGUUGGCUUCGAUCACGUCGAUAUGCACGUGACGGAUGUCAUGAUCACAUGGGUAGGAUCAGUCGUGCGACAGACAUGUCGGGAGUUGCUGGACACCGCACAGAGCAAGAAGGUCAGGAAGAAAGAUCGGCGUAGAGAUUGCCGAGGCUACCAGACAGCGGCAAGCGGAUUUCUCUACGAUGGUGAGGCCAGCCCUGCCGAACUCAUCUCCUCCCUGUGA